UUUUUUCCCGUUUUCAGUAUUACAUUGAAACGCUUAAGGGUAAGAAUGGAAAUAUGGAACGCUACAUAAUUUUAAUAGUCCUUUUAAGUGUGAAUUGUUUUGGAGACAAACCGUGUUCCGUACGAAAAAUACAAGGGCAGUCAGUCGUAUGUGUGUGUAACUCCACUUAUUGCGAUGAAGUGCGACGGAGGCUACCAGGUGCUGGUCAAUUCGUGAUUUAUGAAAGUAAUGAGGCCGGAGCACGAUUCGAAAAAUACGACGGAAACGUGCUGAACUAUGACGCAACGAUAAAAUUGGGUGUGAUGCUAGAGCUGGAUCCCUCUGAACAAUACCAACAGAUCAUAGGUUUUGGUGGGGCCAUCACGGAUUCAAGCGGCAUCAAUUGGAAGAGCCUAUCAGAUGAAGCUCAACAGCAAUUAAUCAACACAUAUUUCAGUGAAAGUGGUAUUGAAUACAGUGUUUUACGUGUUCCCAUUGCCGGAUCAGAUUUCUCCACUCAUAAAUAUGCUUAUAAUGAAAGUCCUGAAAAUGACGUCAAUCUAUCAAACUUCACCUUAGCCCCUGAGGACUUUGAUUAUAAGAUACCAUUUAUAAAAGCGGCUUCAGCUGUUUCACCAACUCCAAUUCUUAACUUGGCAUCUCCAUGGUCUCCACCCGAUUGGAUGAAGGAGGGCUUGGAGACGAACAACUGUGGUCGUCUCAAAAGGGAAUACUUUCAAACAUAUGCCGACUAUUUAUACACCUUUAUCGAUCUUUAUAACGACGAGGGAGUACCCAUAUGGGGUUUGACUCCAGUCAACGAACCGACGAAUGGAAUAAAGCCAGAUACACAAAUUAACUGCAUGACUUGGAACGUCGACAUGAUGGGAAAUUUCAUUAAGAGACACCUUGGGCCCACAAUUCGCAGCUCCAACUAUAGCGAUGUCAAAAUCGUUGCCUGUGACGACCAACGACCAUUUAUGCCCUACUGGGUCAAUGGGAUGUUCAACAUGCACCCUGAAACUCUGGACUUCGUCGAUGGCCUGGCCGUUCAUUACUACUUCGACACUGAUCUGAAUUCGGUGAUCAUUGAUAAUAUUAAUAAAAAAUAUCCAUCAAAAUUCAUCAUGAACACAGAAGCUUGUGAAGGUAUGUCAGAGAUGAAAAAAGUACAAGAAGGAUCCUGGAGUAGAGCAGAACGGUACAUCAAAGAUAUUAUACAAGAUCUUAACUUGAACCUAGUAGGCUGGUUGGAUUGGAAUCUAUGUCUGGACAUGUCUGGAGGUCCCUCAUGGUGUAACAAUCAAGUGGAUGCGCCAAUUCUGAUCGACGCUAGAAAGGGAGAGUUCAUCAAACAACCCAUGUUCUAUGCGUUGGGUCACUUUUCUAAGUUCUUACCACGGGGGUCGCGAAGACUGAAAAUAAAUUCAAAAAGCAAGAAAAAGAUUUCUAACGUUGGAUUCAUUACACCACAGAACACUGCAGUUGUUAUUCUAUAUAAUGAUGGUAACCCGACGGUUGCAUCAAUUAAACUAAACGAUGAACAAGUUAUUGUACCAUUGGAAAAGAAAUCCAUUGUUACUGUUGAAAUACGAUCAGAACAUACACGAGGGGGAGGUAGGCCAAAGAAAUUCAAACGAAAAAAAGGAAGAAAACUAAGAAAAACCCUUUAUUAAAUGUUUAGUUUAACAUUUAAUUAGAUAAUUAUUAAAUA